AUGUCUUUCCGUGGGCGUGGUACUGGUGCUAACCGGGGCGGUUUCGGCAGCCGUGGUGGCCGCGGAGGCUUCCAGCCGUCCUUUGGCCCCCCCGCUCAGGUCCUUGAAAUGGGUACUGUCAUGCACGCUUGCGAGGGCGAGAUGGUCUGCGAGUCCAUCAACCCCAAGAUUCCCUAUUUCAACGCCCCGAUCUACCUCGAGAACAAGACACCCAUUGGCAAGGUCGAUGAGGUUCUCGGCCCCAUCAACCAGGUGUACUUCACCAUCAAGCCCCAAGAGGGCAUUGUCGCAACUUCUUUUAAGCCUGGUGACAAGGUCUAUAUUGGUGGUGACAAGUUGUUGCCCCUGGAGAAGUUCCUUCCCAAGCCCAAGCCUCCACCAGGUGCUGCUAAGCCCAAGCGUGCCGGUGGUGCCCGCGGUGGUCGUGGAGGUGCUCCUCGUGGCCGUGGUGGCUUUGGUGGUCGCGGUGGUGCCCCCGUGGCCGUGGCGGAUUCGGUGCUUCCCGUGGUCGGGGUGGUGGUGGUAGCUUCGGUGGUCGUGGAGGUGGCUUCUCUCGCGGUGGCGGUGGCAGCUUCGGCGGUCGUGGCGGCUCUCGUGGCGGCUUCCGUGGUCGUGGUUGAGGUCCAAUGCUAG